UUCUUGAAUGAUAUAGAUUUGUACCUUUUUUUAUUUCAAACUUCUGUUUGCCAUUUUCUCAGUGGACAACAAUGGAGUCUAUGGACUGCAAGCAAGAUCUAUGUACUGGGAGUUAUAUAGCUCCAAUGGAUCCUGCGAUGGAAGAGGUCUUUCAAGGUGACCACCUGGCUUCAGGCAACAAGGAAUUCAACUUGGAUGAGUUAUUGGAAUUUCUCAAGAGCCCUACUCGAAGGGAAAAGAGCACCUUUGCUGUGAUUGAAUCUAACAAGGAUCGGGGAAAGCCAUAUUUUGUGGAGAGAGACCCUAAUAUGAUCACAAGCAAACCUGAGACCCAGAUCCCUGUGGAGCUGAUGGGUGGUCAAGCUGGGGAUCGUAUUCGCAUCAGCUUAAUGUGAGUCAAGUAUUUCAUGUAUGAAUUGCAAAGUUGCU